GCAGCCUAUAAAAGCUGGUCCGUAGCCAAGGCGCGCGCCAGAUAUCAGCCCGUGUGAUCAGAGGGAGCAAGCUAAGCAGCGCACUCGGCGGCUACAACCAUGUCGGCAACCUGGGGCUACGGAGCAGACAACGGUCCGUCCCGUUGGGCUGAGAAUUUCCCCGUGGCGAAGGAAGGCAGCCGGCAGUCACCCAUCGAGAUUAAGAAUGCGGAAACCAAGUACGACCCGAGCCUGAAGCAGCUGAGCCCCAGCUAUGACCCCUCCAACGCAAAGAGCCUCGUUAACAGCGGCAUGUCGGUCCAGGUGGAUUUCGACGACAGCAAAGAACAAUCCGUACUGUCGGGAGGCCCCAUUAGCGGUAAAUAUCGGCUACGCCAGUUCCACUUGCACUGGGGAGCCCGUGAUGAGCACGGCAGUGAACAUGUAGUAGAUGGAAAAUCUUAUUCUGCAGAGCUUCACCUGGUACACUGGAAUGCAGAAAAAUAUCCCAGUUUUGAAGUGGCUGCUAAAGAACCCGAUGGCUUGGCUGUAGUUGGUAUCUUCCUAAAGGUAUCAGAUGAAAAUCCAGCCCUGCAAAGAAUUAUUAGUUCGCUGGAGAGUGUCAAAGUAAAGGGUUCAAGAAUUGAGUUCAAAGACUUCAACCCUAGUACUCUGCUGCCAUCAAGUCUCAGUUAUUGGACUUAUCUGGGAUCCUUGACAACUCCUCCUCUAUAUGAGAGUGUCAUCUGGAUUGUACUUAAGAACCCUAUUCCUAUUAGCAAAGAACAGAUGGCAAAGUUCCGCACCCUGCAGUUCACGGGACCAGAUAAUCUCAUGCAGGACAACUUCAGACCUCCCCAGCCUCUGAACAACAGGGUGGUCCAAAGAAAUUUCCAAUAAGAUUUGGGAUUUGCAGACAGUCAGCAGCUUGCUUUCCUGUACAAAUCUAAGCAAUAGCUAGUGAUUAUUCCCUUGCACUAUAGAUGGAAUCGGCAGCCUUCCUCAAGCACAAAUGAAUAAAUUUGAUCAUCAUAGACUGGCUGCCAUGACAAAGUUCCUGUAACCUUGCCACCUAGCAAUAUGUAAAGCAAUCAGUUGUACUCAAAUAAGACUUGAAAGUAAUCUAUUGGAGGAUUAAGCUAUAGCACUGAAUAUAUUCAAGAUUAUAUGAAGGUAUUUUUGAGUUGACUCCAAGAUAAUUUACAAUGCUAAUUAUAUUGAAUGUUUUUGAAGAGCUUAUUCAUAGAAUUAUUUUGACCAAUGCAAUAACUUAUAGGCCAUUGUAAUAAGUAAAUUAAUGUUUCACUAUCUCAUUGUGCUGUUAUCUUUGAACAAAAUUAUCACCAUGUGGUAAAAGUAGAUUACUGGUGCUUAAUUCUUUAGUUCCCACUUUUGACUCUUGUUGAUACCAAGCAGUUUUAUUUAUAUUUUUCAACCAAUGGGGAUUGUGGUGGGGCAGUGAAUGACUCUUUAGUAGUAUUUUGACAAAGCCUAUCUUUGCAUAAAACAACUCCCAAAACAAGCCUCUUGAUGUUUUAAAUUUGCCCUGCUACUGCUUUCACUAAUUACUCAUAUCUUAUUAUUCUUACUUCUGACUUUAACUUUAAAACAUUUAAAUGUUUAGUUAGUUAAUAAUAGGACCUCUAACCUUCCCAAGUGAUUUAAAAAAAACUUGAUUCUGCUAUCCUUCCCCUCUGUUUCUGUACAUUUGGUGGAAUAAGUUUUUAGUCAAGCUUCUGCUUAUCAUAUACCAUCAACAAAGUCUUUGAUUAGUUGAUCCAUAACAGUCGUGGAGUCAUUGUAAGUUUGGUGUAUACAGAGUAAAUUAAUUUGAGAAAC